GGUGUCCGGGGCCUGCUCAGCCCCCUCCGGUGCGGCGGGGGGCGGGAGGGGGGGGCGCGGGAGGAGCCCCCGGCGGUGACAAUGAGGACGCGCUGGGAGUGACAGCGCCCGGCUAAAAAUAUCGCGGGCUGCCACCCACCGCCAGCGCCGCGGCCUCAAGGUCACUGCCCUGCCGGGGGGGGACGCGGGGGCGUGGGGCGGGGAAGCCCCCGGCCCCCCCCGCACGCUGCCGUUGUCGCCAGUGUCGCUCCGCCGAGCCCGGAGCCGGCAGCGCCCGCCGCCCCCGCCGCGUGUCCCCGCCGCCCCCCGCGCCCCCCGACGCUCCCCGUGGCACCGGGGCCGUGACAAGCGUGGAGGGAAGCCCAUGGCCCCCGGACCCCCGGACCCCCCCCGCGCCCGGCCCCGGCCCCGCAGCCCCUGACGGCCCCGGGACCCCCCCGGGCGGCGCCGGGGAGCCCCAGCAGGUCGCCCCCGCGCCGCCGAGCCAUGCGGGAUCGCCCGGUGCUGUCGCCAGCAGAGCCAUGAGCAGCUGUCGCUACAAUGGGGGGGUGGCGCGGGCACGGGGACCCCCGAGCGCCGCCCGCACCCCGCAACCGCCGCACCGGGACCCGCAGCCGCCGAACCGGGACCCGCAGCCGCCGCUGCCCUGCCCCAGCCCCCGCCUGCAGGUCGUGGUGUCCCGGCCCGAGCAGACCGGAGCGGCGGAGCCCGGGCCCGGCGCGGCCCCGCCGGGGCCGGGGGCGGCGGAGGAGCGGCGGAACCAGAACAUCGGCUACAAGCUGGGCCACCGGCGAGCGCUCUUCGAGAAGCGCAAGCGGCUCAGCGACUACGCGCUCAUCUUCGGCAUGUUCGGCAUCGUGGUGAUGGUCACCGAGACCGAGCUCUCCUGGGGGGUCUACACCAAGGAGUCGUCGUAUUCGUUCGCCCUGAAAUGCCUUAUCAGCCUCUCGACGCUCAUCCUGCUGGGGCUCAUCGUCAUGUACCACGCCAGGGAGAUCCAGCUGUUCAUGGUGGACAAUGGCGCCGACGACUGGUGCAUCACCAUGACCUCGGAGCGCGUCUUCUUCAUCGCGCUGCAAUUAACUAAAAUUGCGCUUCUGGGGACAGCAGUGCCACCUCUGUGCUGUCCCCUCAUUGUCCCCGGGGGACACAGCCUGGCCAUGGGACAUCCCCAUGGUGUCCCCAAUUCCAUCUUGGGGACAACGCCCCGAACCCACCGCCAUGGGCACAAAAGGGGGGAGGAAUUCUGUGACAGCGGUGACAGUGGUGACAGCGGUGCCACCACCCCGCGCAGGUACCACGACAAGCAGGAGGUGACCAGCAACUUCCUGGGGGCCAUGUGGCUGAUCUCCAUCACCUUCCUGUCCAUCGGCUACGGGGACAUGGUGCCACACACCUACUGCGGCAAGGGCGUGUGCCUGCUCACCGGCAUCAUGGGCGCGGGCUGCACGGCGCUGGUGGUGGCCGUGGUGGCCCGGAAGCUGGAGCUGACCAAAGCCGAGAAACACGUCCACAACUUCAUGAUGGACACGCAGCUCACCAAGCGGGUGAAGAACGCCGCUGCCAACGUGCUCAGGGAAACGUGGCUCAUCUACAAGCACACCAAGCUGGUGAAGAAGAUCGACCACGCCAAAGUUCGGACCCACCAGCGUAAGUUCCUCCAAGCCAUCCAUCAAGCUCAGAAGCUGAGGAGUGUGAAGAUGGAGCAGCGCAAACUCAACGACCAGGCCAACACCCUGGUGGACCUGGCCAAGGCGCAGUCGGUGAUGCUGGAGCUGCUCUCGGAGCUGCAGGAGCGCCACGAGGAGCUGGGGCAGCGCCUGGGGGCGCUGGAGGCGCAGCUGGAGGCGCUGGGGGGGCUCCUGCAGGCGCUGCCCGCGCUGCUGGCCCGGGCCCUGGGCACGGGGACACCCCCGGGGACAGCCACGGGGACAGCCACGGCCCCCGGGACAGCCACGGCACCGGGGACACCGCGGGACAGCGGCGACACCGCGCCCUGCAGCCCCCGCCGCCACGGCACCGGCAGCGACAGCGGCUGAGGGACAGCGGCGGGACAGCGGCAGGACACUGUGUGUCACCUGUGUCACCUGUGUGUCACCCGUGUCACCUCCGAGUGAUGGGGAGAGCGACUGAGAGACAGCGGCAGGACACCAUGUGUCACCUGUGUGUCACCUGUGUGUCACCUGUGUCACUCGUGUCACCUGUGUGUCACCUCAGAGUGAUGGGGAGAGCGGCUGAGGGACAGCGGCAGGACACUGUGUGUCACCUGUGUCACCUGUGUGUCACCCGUGUCA